AUGUUAGCUGCACACGACCCCCACUACACACCCCAGUGGGCAGGAAUAGAAGCCUGUAGGCUUAACACAGAUCACAUACGCCAUACUUUCUGGACUGAUAGAGCUCGGAGACCAAGACCAUUCCAAGGCCUCCCCACUACUCGGUUGCUGUUAGACACAUGGGACGGGGUGAGGACCACUUUGGUUACACAUCCAAGGAUACCGAUGGCGGCCCCACUGCAAUCCAUAAGCCUAAUGAUUCCUACCUUUAACCAUAAGCCAUGGACAGAUAAAGGCAUCACCCACGUACUAUAUCUGUACGAUGGGGAGCACCUCAAAUCCUUCAUAAGCCUACAGGAACAAUCUGACCUACCCGCGAAACUCCUAUUCCCCUACCUACAAGUCAAAUCCCUACUAACAAAUGCUCCACCCAGAAACCCUGAGAAGGGACCACAAGCACUAACAUCUAAGUUCGAAAACAUGUGCCUAUCUAACAAGCCCAACGCCAAGUCUCUCUCCACAUGCUACCACUUGAUUCUACACAACCAACCACUGACACAGGAAUACUACCAAAAGGCAUGGCACACCGACCUAG